UCCGAAUCGAGGAUAUGGAGAAAUCGGAGGCCGAAUUGCGGAUCUGUGUCAAGAAGCUGCGGCAGAACGUUGAGGAGCGGGAUGAGAUGAUCCGGUUCAUGUCGAGGAAGGCGGAUGAUGAGGAGGAUGUGAAGGAAGCAGAGAUCUGUGGGCACAGAUCGAAGAGCAGGGCCACGUUUGGCAAGAAUGUGGAAGAAGGCGGCGAUUUAGGGAAGUAUUGCAUGGAUUUUUCAAGGAUUCGGAGAAUUAGGGUUUCUCAGGGGUUAGAUCCGGUCCCUGAGGCUUGUUUCAAGGAGAGGAUUAUGGAAAGGAAUGCUGCUGAAGCAGAUAGGAUGACAGUUCUUUACAAGCAGAGGAAUGACUUUGGGAGGGAUUUCUUGCCAUCAGCUUCUGUUGCUUGGAUGGAACGGUCGAGUGAAUGGCAGCAGAUGGCAGGAUGUUCAAUAAGAAAAAGCACCAAUGGCAGAUUUCAGGUGAAGGAAGUAUGACUUAUUCAUUUAGAGGCCACCAUGGGAAGAAGCCUCAAUCAUUCCAGAGAUCUUAUUCUUAUGCACAGGAGAUAAAGGCUGAGAAAGUAGAAAACAAUCUCAUGUCCCGUCGAUGCCAAUACAAUAGGAGAUUGGAUGGCAACAACUGUGAUAUGGUUACUGACUGUUCUUUGGAGCAUCCAUGUUAUUUCCUUACC